AUGGAGAAGAGUGAUGAGAUUCCUGAUCGUGCUGCAAAGCCUAAGAGGAAAGACAGGAUCUUUAACAAGAACUAUCUGCUCUUAUGGGGAGUAUAUGCUGUGUCAAACCAGGUGAGGACAGGAUUUUUUGGACAAGAUGCCUGUGUCCAAACCGACGAGUCAGAGCUGCCAAAUAUAAAGAUACUCGCUGCCAAAACUGCAGAGCUUAUGAAGGAAAUGAACAUGUUAAAAGAAGACACUGAAAAUAAACUGAAAACAAUACGUUUGCAGUAUGAGACCCAACUGCAGGAAGAAUCUGAUGCCCUUUAUGCAAGUAUGAAUGACAAAAUCAAGAAUUCGAAGAACUGCCAAAAAGAGAAAUUGUCUGUUCUUCGGAAAAGCUAUAAGCAGCAGCUCUCAGAUGCUAUGCAGGUGAUCAAAGCCAGUUAUAUGAAUAAAGAAGAGACGGAUCUGGUUUCUGAUGUUACUGAUGGGAGAGUAAAGGACCUUCUGAAUGAGCUACAGGAGAAGAACUUGAAGAUUGAGCGUAUGGUUGAACAGCUAAAGAAAUAUGAGAUCGGCUCAGAGGGAGCGGAGGAUCUCGAGAAAAGCAGACUGAAGUCAGAGAAUGAAAAGCUAAAAGAUAACAUUGACUCGUUGCACGUCGAGCUUGAAGAAAUUCCAGUCCUGGAAUCCAAAGAGCAGAGGCUGGCUCUGGAUUUGGCACAGUUAAAAUCAGAGGCUGACAACAGCAAAAAAGCCCUUCAAAAGCUGACAGGUGAACAUGAGCAACUGAAAAUGCAGUUAAACCUUGAAAGAGAAAGUGGCAAAGAAAAGGUGAGUUUGCAGAUAAAACAGUUAAAAGAGGAAAUGGAGAAAGAAACUGCAUGCAUUGAAGCCUCACGGAUGAAGGAGAAAGCUGCCAUUGAAAAGAAGCUUGAGAAGCAGAAGCCACCAAAACCUACAACCAUGGAGCUUGUUGGGGAUACAGAGUUGGUUCCAAAAAUAAAAGAACUUAGAAAGACUGAAGCAAUGCAGAAAAAGGAGAUUGAAAGGUAUAAUAACAUUUUGAACGAGGCUCAGUUGUGCAUGUCCAAUCAGGUGUGGGAAAAUAAGUUUGAGAUUUUAAGACAGAGCUUAAAAAUAGGUGCUGCAUGGAGGCCAGCAGAAGAUGAGCAGUGUUUUGGACGUCAGCCUACAGAGUGA